CAGUGACAGUCGUGACAGAUUUACUAUUUUGUCUAUGAUAUACAGUGACUGUUGGCGGAGAGUGUCUGUUUUGCCCGUAUUUUGUCGUAAUUUUACGGCCAUGUGUGGUUACAAUUACGUGUUUGACAAAAUUUCUAGUGAUGAUAUCCACCACUGCAAAUAGUAAAGUAAAAAACCCGAAGGGAACGGAGGGUAUCGACGCUCCAGAAAGGGACGAAAUUGGACAAGAAAACACGGACGAUAAGGUCAGAGGUUAUGUUGGUGCGUAUGAUGCAUCCUCAUCUUUUGGGGGGCCGUCCAGAGAUGGCAGGUAUCGGUCCCGCGGUCGUGUCACCGAGUUCAGGCCGUCGCGAGGCGGUGGGCGCGGGGGCAGAGGCCGCGGCGGAUUCCCGCCCCGCGGUGAUCGUGAACCCCUCGAUAAUUCCUAUAAAUAUCACGAAUCGCUAAACCAGUCCUCCAACGACACCUGGUCGCAAGGAAACAACAGCAACAAGUUCUAUGAACGAUCAGAGUUGGUCGUCAAUCUCCCGGAAGAUCCGCGAAUCUCCAAGUUGCUGCGUCGACUGUGUGCCGAGGUGGACAUGGAAAAAUCGCUUGUCAUAUGUAGCAAACUUCAGGACGCCAUCAUGUUGCCGGAGAACUCGCGGUACAUACGCCGUUCUUACGACAUAUUAGUGGAAUCACUCCUGGAUGUGCUCUAUGAUGCCCCUGGGCCUGAGACAAAGGAAGGUGCAUCAAUAGUUCUUGGGAGAAUCGGCUACGUCAUGGGCCCUGACUUUCGAAAACAUCUGGAUUGGAUUGCAGCUACCUUUGCUGUGCACAACUCAACUAUUAAACAUUAUCUGAUUCUAUCAUUUACAGAGACUUUUCAACUGGAUUACCAAACACCUCAUUUGACUGAUUUUGCUGAAUUGACUCUGGACAGGCUUCAGACUGUCAUUGAAGGCACAGACUCAGCUGAUGUCUUCAUGUCUGCUAUAAAUGCCAUGAUUGUCAUGUCAAAUUCAUAUCCGGAACACUUUGCAAACCAUUUUGUGGACACUGUGGAUAUACUGGUUGGUUGGCAUGUUGAUAAUGCUCAGCCUAAGAGGAUCAAAGACUUUGCGCUACAAUCAUUGUUCAAACUGAGUCGCCACUGGCAAGCUGAUGUUGGAUUUUCAGUGAAUCUACUGAACCAAUUUGUAGAAGACAUGGUGGCAUAUUCUACAGACAUGGAUCCAAAUCGUACAGAAAAACAAAAUGAUGUGACUACACCUGAAGAUUGUAUGCAGAAGAUCACAUCAUUUCUCAAUGUCUUCAACACUGUUGUCAAAAGUUUGGGAACACUUUUGAGUCCUACUGUCACACAAAUUGUGUCAUGGUCAUUUCUAACUGAAGCAUUUACUAAAAUUCUACAAGUUUUAACUAAAACCCUGAAGGAUGACGCAGAUGCUGAUCUGAUAUUGGCAGGUAAUGAAUGCAUUGCUUUACUAUUAAAAUAUUUACAAUCUAAAUCCUCAUCUUGCUCCCCUGCUUUAUUUGCAUUGAUUUCAAAAGAGAUGACUCACUUCUUGCGCGGAGAAGAAAGCGUGAGCCUGAGUGUUAUUGAGUUAGUAUCUACAGUGAUCAAGGAAAUCUCUUCAAACCUACCUGUAGAGUUCAUAUCUCAAACGAUUGGGCCUGAAUCACUAUUGCGUCCGCUGCGCUACUCAGAUAGCUCUCUGAUUUUAAACAGUGUGAUGUCAGUGUACAGUAACUUGCUAAACUUGAAGAAUAUUCCACUUUUACAAGAAACAUAUAAAUAUGUCUUGACAGAUAUUCAGAAUUCCUAUUCGGUUAUAUUGCCAGAUGUACAAAUAAUAAUACCAGAAUAUCAUGAAAACGUGCACAUUGAUGAUGCAGAUAAAAAUGUGAUAUUCUAUUUACAAUGUUUGUCAGAUCUAGCAAAUGCUAGUAACUCUAUAAUUGGAAUGUGGGCAUUACAACCAAGCAUACUAGAACUGUUGGCUAUAAAGAUGUGUCCCCAUGAAAUAAAUCUAAUUAAAGAAAAACCAGCUCUUCAAUAUUCUGUCCUAUAUUUACUUUAUUCGCAUUGCAAAAAGAAUAAUCACUUCAUUGCUUCAAGCGACUUGGUUACAAAUACACAGCAAAGAGCUAAUGACAUAUUUGGCCUAUCAAACCUUAGUCUCGGAGACGUGUCGAGUUCCAGCCCCACAUCUGGCCACUUAGCCGUUAUCCUCAAUACAUUAAGUAUGGUCUUAGAUGAAGAAACUCCAAAAGGAACUUUAAUUUUGGUUCUCAAUUGGAUAUCUGAUAUAUUUUGUCAGCUGGAUAAGUAUUUACCCAUUGUGAGCAUGUCCAAGGGCUUCGUGGUAUUAACUACCAAUAUGCUAACACUGGCAUAUCAAUUCGAUGAAGAUGUAGUUUUGCUUGUUAUGAAGAAUUCCCAACAUUUACUUAAAAAUAAAACUCUCACAUGGAAUGUUUUGGUUUUGAAAACAAUAGCAGUACUUUGUAUUUUACAUAUUGAUAACCAAAAUAAAACAUUGUCAAAUGUUUGCAAAGAUGUACUAUUUGAAUUGCCAUGGGACAUUGUUCAACUGGAAUUAGACAAACAAGUGGUAAAAGUGUUUACUGCCAGAAAGAUGAGCCUGAAUGUGCUUAAUAGUGAUACUAAGGCUAAUUCUUUUAAAGAAUACCUAAUGCGAGGAUCCUUUUGUAAUCUCUCUAAUCAACAUUUCAAAAUUAUAAUGAACUGUCUUCUCCAGCAUACAAUUGAGGACAAGAAAGCAUUAGUGGAUGCGUUUUUGACAUCGUGGCCAUUGCAAACGUCCGAUAUUGACGAAAAUAAUUUAUUGUUCUUCCGACAAUGUGCUACCAGCUUUUCGUCUAUCUGUGUUGGCUGGGCGCUUUCAGAACUGGCUCAAACUUGUGUGUCUUUGAAAUUAAGGACUAUUCUGGGCAAACCACAAGAAACAUUCAUGCGAAUAGAGGGAGCCUUGAAGGGAAUAGCUAGAGAAAUAUCAUCUCACGACACGAAAUACAUUGGUAGUGAUCAACAGACGCUAGUCGAAGUUACUACUUCAGAACAGACGAGGACGCGUUGGAUAACAGAGUUCAUGAUGUUCUUAGAAAAAUACAUUUAUAACGCGGCAGAAGGUACCGCCACAGUAUUACCAGCUGUUGCAAAACCUGUUCGAACCUUCUUCCAUACGAACUGGCCUACGUGUCGAGAGUGGCUCACGAGAGUGCGUCCUGCUGCGCUCGUCGUUAGUCUGUACGCUGGACAUUUUGGCGCUGCUAUUUACCAUGCUUCUCUCAUAUUGCAAAAUGCUGCUGCUAAUCCCAACUCGAAUACUGACAUAGAAUUCUUUGCUAUUAGUAUUGCACGAGCCCUUAUACAAAUUGAAGAGCCAGAGGUUUUGCACGGAUUGUAUGUCUGGAUAAAACAAAACUUUGAUAUGAAAUUUCUUUGGCUAAAAGGAGCCGCCGAACAGGCAAACUCUAGACAUGAACUAGCUAUAGAGUUCUAUAAAAAACUAAAUAACUUAAAACCUAAUGAUGAGGCAAAAGAUAGCGAAUCAUCAACAGCGCAAGUCGACACAAGGAGUAAAAGAUUUAUUGACGACCAGAUAAUGGAAAGUUACAAACACAUACAAAGCUGGGAUGAUAUGCAAGAAUGGAAAGACAAUGAACAGUCUCAUGCGAAUAGUUCACAGUGGUGCUCCUUUUCAUCAUUGAAGUUUUUCGAAGAUUCUUCAGAAAUUCCACCAGAAUUCACUAGCUGGGAUAUUCUUGAUAUUGAAGCCAAUAGCUUACCGAAGAACACCUGCUCCUACCAAGGUUUAUUAAAUAAAAUAGAAUCGACGUUAGUGUGCACUGCAGUGCAGAUGUAUAACAGUGAAUAUAAUGACAAAUAUGAGGAUACAUUAAAACAAUGUGACCUCUUACUCAAAUCACAAGCAGAAGAAUUUUCCAGGACCAAUGCCGUACACUUUUUAAAAGAAGUUGCUGUAUUACAACUGGCUAAUCAUGGGCUAUGCAACAUUGUCAAGAAUGGGAAGGCGAUUUCUAAUCCAUUUAAACCAUCAACUGUGAAAGAGUAUAAGUACGGAACUGAAUUCAAGAAUUUGAGCCGAAUAUUAUGGUGGAAUCAAUAUUUCACAAAACUAAACCUGACAGAAGAAAAUAUUUUCUUCGCAGAAUGCCUUCGUUUGGAUGUUAUAAAAAGUGCAAGGAAGAACUCAAACUUGAUGAUGGCAAAGAGAGAACUACUGAAACAUUUCAAGCAAAAUUCAGCUUUCCAAAUGUGUUUAGGAAACAUUAAUAACCUAGAAGAUUUAAGUGAAGCACUGCUAAUGUCAACUAAUACCUAUGAUCUCGAGAUUUGGACUCUUAAUAACGCCACUGCUUUAGCUGAACUUUGUAAGUUGACAUACGCGAAAGAAGAAACUAAAGUACGAGCAGUUAAUCUUUGUGCAAGUAUUUCAUUUGGGUUUUCUCAAAGAUUAGCUAUGGGCGAGCAAAGUUAUGAACUGAGGGAAAAGAGUACUAGAUUACUUCUCACACUUUCAAAAUGGGUCCAAAGUGAAACGGAAAAUAUAUUGGAUGUGGAUUCACCCCUAUUGAAGUUGGUUUCAGCUCUACCAGAAAUCGGUUUAGUAGACAACAACAUAUCAGAGAAUGUUAUUCCUGUGUCAGACUCCGCCGUCGGAAAACUUCUGCAAUUUGGCGUCAACCAAUGCCCAGGGCUGGCUAAAGCAUGGGCUAGUUUUGCAGCUUGGUGCUUUAGGUGGGGUCGGAAAAUGGUAGAAUUCAGUUCUAAAACCCGAGAGCAAUUGACAGAAAAUGAUAAGUUACAAAUUGAGAGCGUUAUGAUUGGAUGCUCACCGCAAGACUUUGAGGCGGUCUGUGAAAUACUGUCAAAGACAAAAGCUACUUGUGACGAUGAAGAUAUUGAUUGGAAUGAAAUAAAUACAUCUGAAAUGAUAGAGAGCCAACUGCGCACUGUACCAUCUUUAAGCAACGCUUUUCCUGAGCACCUUGCUUUGUUGGUGGAUAUUUGGCGUCAAGCACAAAAACGUGUAUUUUCUUACUUUGAACUUUCGGCAGAUGCUUACUUUAAAUUCCUACAGCUUAUAUGUGCAUCAGACUACAUAAAUCACAGCGGAGAAAACGCUGUUGUUAAUGCUACGUUGAGACUUUUACGUUUAAUCGUAAAACAUGCAAUGGAAUUGCAAACUGUAUUGGAAUCUGGAUUAGCAAACACACCUACCCAACCUUGGAAAGUAAUUAUUCCGCAGUUAUUUUCGCGUCUCAACCACCCUGAAACGUAUGUGAGAAAAUGUGUAUCUGAUCUAUUGUGCAGACUGGCAGAGGACACGCCACAUCUGAUCACGUUUCCAGCAGUCGUUGGAGCUGUCGAAAAUGAACAGAAUGAUUUGAUGGAGCUAAAUGUUGCACGGACGUUUAUGUCUAAUGACGCUGAAAGCGGUGAAGAUAAUCUCGAAAUAGAUGAUGCCGCUAGCGACAAAGUUAUCAAUAAUGAGCUUAAUUCUUGUUUCCUUGAUAUGGUUGAAACUCUAGCAAAACAAGCCCCGAAAACGAUUCUGCAAGUUAAACUGUUAGUCAAAGAAUUGCAAAGAAUUAAUUUGCUUUGGGAUGAGUUGUGCCUCGGUACAUUGGUCCAACAUCACUCAGAGUUUACGAAGCGACUGACACAAUUAGAAAUCGAAGUUGCUAAGGUCAAAAAUAAUUCGCAUUUAUCCGCAGAAGAUAAAGAAAAGCUGAUCAAAGAAAAACAUCGUAUUAUCUUCGAGCCAAUCGUGUAUGUCUUAGAGCAACUCUAUCAUGUAACUUCAGCUAAACCAGAGACGCCACAUGAACUAUCAUUCCAAAAUAAAUUCCAGUCUCUUAUCACGGAUGUUAUAGACAAGUUGAAGAACCCCACGAACCCAGAUAAGCCACAAGAGUCGUGGGCGCCCUUGAAACAACUACAAAUAAAACUUCAACAAAAAGUGAACAAAAGAUCUCCAUACAUUUUGAGGAUGUCAGAUAUCAGCCCUGUAUUGGCAGAGCUUAAAAAUACAGUGAUUACUAUGCCAGGAGUACAUACGAAUCAGAGAGCCGUUAGAGUUACUAUAAAAUCGGUUGAAAACAAUGUAGCUAUUCUCCCAACAAAGACAAGACCAAAGAAAUUAGUGUUCUACGGGUCAGACGGGAAGGCUUAUACGUACUUGUUCAAGGGAUUAGAAGAUCUUCAUUUGGACGAGAGAAUUAUGCAGCUGCUAUCUAUUACCAAUACAAUGAUGGCCAGAGACUCGGAAAACAAUGAUAAUCAGACUUAUCGAGCGCGCCAUUACUCGGUGAUACCCUUAGGUCCGCGUUCGGGACUAAUCAGCUGGGUGGAUAACGUGACACCACUGUUUGCAUUGUACAAACGCUGGCAAAAUCGUGAAGCUGCCAUUCUAUCUGCUAGAACCAAUAAGACCGUUAACGUGUUGCGACCUUCCGAAUUAUUUUACAACAAGUUGAAUCCUCUUUUGAAAGAAGCGGGUAUUUCAACGGAAAACAGAAAAGAAUGGCCAGUGUCAAUCCUGAAGCAAGUUCUGCAGGAGUUGUCAGCGGAGACUCCGCGCGACCUGCUGUGGCGUGAGCUGUGGUGCAGCAGUGUGAGUCCGGAGCAGUGGUGGCAGAUGACGCGCCGGUACAGCUACUCGGUGGCCGUGAUGAGCACGAUAGGGUACAUAAUCGGUCUGGGCGACAGGCACUUGGACAAUGUGUUGGUGGACCUCACGUCGGGCGAGGUGGUGCAUAUAGACUAUAACGUGUGCUUCGAGAAAGGCAAGACGCUGCGCGUGCCGGAGAAGGUGCCGUUCCGGAUGACACCCAACUUGGUGACGGCGCUGGGCGUCACAGGAGUCGAGGGUAUAUUCCGGCUAGCCUGCGAACACGUCCUCCGCACGAUGAGACGCGGACGCGAGACACUGCUGACACUCCUCGAAGCCUUCGUAUACGACCCGCUGGUGGAGUGGGGCGGAUCCGCCGGUGGGGGGGGCAAGCGCCGCACCACCGCGCGCGACGUGCGCGCAGCCGUCGCCAUGAUGGCUGUGAGGGCGCACGAGUUGAAGCAUCACUUUAAUGAAGUCACCGAACAAUUUCUAGCCGUGCUACCCGACAUAAAGCAAUGUGCAGAAGACUGGCUGAAAGAAAACGAUGAGUUGAAGUCAGUUGAGACAAGACUGCAAGACUGUCACCAGCAGAUGGCAUUGAUCAAGGAAAUAGAAGCUUAUGGACCCAAUCUUAACAAUCAUCCAUUAUACGCCAUUUCUCAGAAAUACACAUCUUACAAACAAGCCAAGAACGCAGUGGAGGACUCCAUGAAAAUGUUAGUGAAGAUACUGAAGGAUUUCGAUACUCAGAUCGAAAGUUUCGCGAGUACGACCGAAGCAAUCAAUGGGCCACAACUCAUGGCGUGGGUACAAGAAUUCUCCGGAUCAAACGAGGAGGAGGAGCAACCGAUAUUCGAACAUAUAAAAGAGUUUUUGACGAAUGCUGGACAGGGCGCCAUGUUGUCUCAAUGUGAACAAGCUGAGACUGAGCUGUACCAAAGCAUGAAGCAGACACAUCAUCUCGUGAGAUCGUGCCUGGAGCUCCUGUCACAAUAUGUGGCGGUGUCGCAGUACUACCCGCAGAGCCACACGGAGUACCACCGCGUGGUCAUGUUCAGGAAGUGCCUCGCCGCCGCGCUCGAGAGCAAGUCUCCCGAAGUGUGCCGAGAAGUGGCCAGCCAAGUGACGGCACAGAUCAGCGUCGACAACAACAAGGAUGACACAUCACAACAGAUCAUCAACUACAAUUACCGCUUACAGAACAUGAAUGCUGAAGCCAACGCUAACUUGAACAAGGCUAUAGAGAGACUGCAAUUAGAAGGCGGUCCUGAUGCUUUAGCUCUGGCUCAGGAAGCCUACAGAGAGGCGAAGACUAACAUAAGCAACUGGGUGAGGACUGAAGAAGGUGCAGGAGCUGCAUUGGAAUGUGUGGUGAUUGGCAUGCUCUGCAACCUGAAUAGAAGAUACUUGAUGUUGGAGAAUGGAGCUCAGAGUGCAGGAGACUGCCUUGUAGACUUGACAUCCAGAGAAGGCGAAUGGUUCUUGGAUGAUAUGAGUGCUUUAUCCAUGCAGGCAGUAGAGCUCCUCUCAUUACUGCCGCUACAAUCAGCAUCGGCUGAAGAUGCCGCCAUGCCGGUCGCUGUGGAAUGCGUCCGGAACGCAAACCUACUUCUAGCCGACUUGGUGCAACUGAACUACAACUUCAGCACCAUCAUAUUACCCGAAGCGUUGAAGAAAGUGCACUCUGAAGACCCCUCGGUGCUGCUGAUGAUCAAUGAGCUCAAUGCUGUCAUCAUGAACUCGCCGGUGCCUCUCAACGAGCUGUUGACGCAGUUGGAGAUGCACCUUAGAUAUUUGGUUAUGGAUAUGGAGUCUCCAGCGAGUGGUGCCCCCCUACUAGCCGCAGAGGUCCGAGCUCGUUACGAAGCCCUCCUCUCAGCAUCAACAUCAGAAGCUGAAGGUCAAUCAGCCGGACGCAUGCUGCUGAUGGGCUUCAACGGGCUGUUUGCGGCUGUGGAGCUGCGCGCUAGAGAGCUGGCUGAUCAUCUGGCUAUACCUAUCCCACCUGCGUGGAGGAAGAUUGAUCAUAUUAGCGAGUCUAUGCAUAUGUCGGCGGCACUCCAAAGCCCGGUUCUCCGAGCUGUGCUAGAAGACAUCUUCCUAGUGCGUCGCGUGCAGAGCAUCGCGGAGGUGUUCGCGAUGGUGGCGCAGUGCGCGUGCGCAUUCAAGGCCAACGGCCCGCCCUCGCUGUUCGAUGAUGCCGCGCUCUGUAAGCCUGUCAGGAGGUUCAGUGCGGAGUACGUGUCGCGCUGCGUGCUGGGAGUGCACUCGAAGGCGCUGGCGGCCGUGCUGUGUCUGCUGCUGCGCCGCGCCCGCCUCGACCUGCACGCUGAGGUCGAGCAGAAGGAGAUCGGAGCAUCAUGGAGCGUGUCCCUAGAAUCCCUGUGCGAGAAGGCGCGGCGCCGCAGCCCCGCCGCCGAGCGCGGCGCCGCCCUCGCACGCGCGCUGCAGGCCGCCCGCGCGCGCGUGCAGAGAGCCGCGCGGGCACUCGCCGCGCACGCGCGCAGGGCGGCCGCCGCGCACAGAGCCAGGCUCACGCAUGCUGCGCACUCGCAUUUGCAUGCUGAGGUGCUAGGCAGCAGCCAAGAGUCAGGGGCAGCGCUGCUGCGUCGGUCGCGCGAGCUGUCGAACGCAGUGGAACGCCUGUCGGCCGCCAGCAGCAAGGCCGGAGCCCUGCUCACUGCCGCACAUCAGAGAGUCAAAUGGGGCGCAGGAGCGAACCCGGCUCUCUCCGGCGUCGCCGUCGGGCUGGCCCGCGCCGGCGCCGCCGCCAGCACCCGCGCCCAGCGCCUCACCGCCGCCGCCGCCGCGCUGGCGCAGCACGCGAGAGCGGCGGCUGCACAGCGACCAGCUCGCGCCAGGGGCCGGCAGCACCAUGCUGUGCUGACUGCGCUGCAUCAUUGGGAGAAGGUAGGCUGA